GCCAGACAGAUAAACCAGCCUAAGAUUACCGAGCAACAGCUAAAGCAUUUGGAUCAAGGACCUGAAAAACCUUCAGAGAAAAGCUUCCAAAUGGGUUCCAACACAACUGAAUACCCUGCUCUGAUCCCAAGUCCUGAAAACCCUACAGAAGCCUGGAGCAACUAUGAUAACUCAAGUCAGUGCCUUACAAAUAAUGUGUGGGGUUGGCUGAAAACCAUACAACCUGCUUAUAUGACAGUCAUUUGUGUGCUGGGUAUUAUAGGGAACACAUUUGUCCUGUGUGUCUUCUGCCUGCAUAAGAAAUGCUGCACGGUAGCAGAGAUCUACCUCAGCAACCUAGCAGCAGCAGAUCUGGUCAUGAUGUGUUUUUUACCCUUUUGGGUCGUGACCGUCGCCAACGGGAACAAUUGGAUGUUUGGAGGACUUUUCUGCCGGAUUGUCAAUAUUGGUAUCAUAUUGAACAUGUACUGUAGCAUUUAUUUUCUGGUGUUGGUUAGCGUUGACCGCUAUCUAGCGCUGGUGAAAACCAUGUCUGAUGGAAGAAUGCGAAGUGUCUUUUGUGCCAAAAUGAGCUGCCUUGGCAUCUGGGCAUUUGGCUUCCUUAUGGGCAUACCAACCAUUGUUUUUAGGAAUGUAGGGUACUUCCCAGAAUACAAUGCUACAUUUUGCUAUCUUGAUUAUCCGCACACCAGUGUAAAAAACUGGAAAAUAAGUAACAACCUUGUGCUUAUUAUAAUUGGAUUCCUUAUACCAGUUUUUAUGAUAUCUUAUUUUACUUAUGAGAUCAUAAAAGCACUGAAGAUUAACACAAUGCAAAGGUUCAGUCAGGGCAAAACUGAGAAAAAAGCAACCCACUUGAUCCUUGCAGUGCUUCUGGUUUUCUUCUUCUGUUGGAUUCCAUUCCAUGUGGUAACAUUCCUCGACAUUCUUAAAGAAGCCGGUGUUUUAAAUGGAUGUGCAUUAGAAGUAGGCAACCAGAUAACCACAUAUCUUGCUUACAGUAACAGCUGUGUGAAUCCAAUCCUGUAUGUCAUUGUGGGAAAAAACUUCAGGAAGAAAGCUGGCCAGCUGUUUAAACAACUAUUUGGAAAAGGGGAUGCAAAGGGUGACUCUGAUCGAUCCAAAAUCUCGUUUACCUUAAGAUCUUCUCUGUGACUAAAACCUCAAUGACUACUCUAUCAAGUAAAAACAGCUCAGAAAUCAAGAAUUUGUUAUGCAAAUGCCAAUAUUUACUGUUAACAAUAGUAAACCAUGAUGAAGUUUAAUUAUUAAUAUAAAUUCUGAACAGCAGAUGUUGUAACUGCAUUUUUUAGAUGCUCCAUAAUGGCUUUUCUGCUUUGUAUACAUUGAAAAACAUAACAUAUAUAACUAUAUACAGUAAUAAGUUUAAUAUUACAGUUUUACUGUUUUAUGACAGUAUAUGUAACCUUACAGUUAUUGGCUUCCAGGUCUUUAUUUUAGCAUGACAUUCUAUAAAAAUGAAGAGCGUGUGAGCAGUUUUAAGAAUUGUAUAUUUUAAUGUAUAUGAGUAUUGUUAAACCUUCUGUUGUGUUUAUU